AGCUAUCAUUUUAGUAGAUAAUGCAGUGAGAAAAAUAUGUUAUUAUGGUUAUGAAUAUUUGAAAAAUUGAGAUAAUUUCGGAAGAUCUAUUCUAAAUUUGUUUGAUUUUACAACAGCUUUGUUUGUUACUCGUACAAUAUGAAAAGACAUGUAUUUUAUCGAUUAAAUCACUAAUAUAUUCUCGUUUAAUUUAGUAUUAUUCGGUCAUUACGUUGUAACGUUAAGACGAUAUAAAAUUCACAGAUAAGAUCAGAUAAGAGUGACUACCAAUAAAACAGUCUUUACAUUUGUAAGAAGUGAACAAAUUAAUAAUACUUGUUUAUUAGUAACAUCGAAAAUAUGGCUUUUGUAAUAAAUAAAUCUAGUACUACAUUUAUCAAAAUUAGUGCACGUUCUUGUAACUUAUACAAAAAUUUUAAAGUUUCGAAGAUAUGCGCAUUCAACUUUUCUGUUAAAGCUAAUAUUCCUGUAGAGGAAGAAGAAAUUCAAAGGUUAAUACCACCUGUAGGAAAUGGAAAAAUUUUUAAUAGUGUAGAUGAAGUUGUAUCUGAUAUACAUGAUGGUGCAAAACUUCUGGUUGGUGGUUUUGGACUUUGUGGAAUACCAGAGAAUCUAAUAAAUGCUUUAUUAAAGAAAGAAACAAAGCAAUUAACAGUAGUUUCAAAUAAUGCAGGAACAGAAAAUGCUGGAUUAGGUAAAUUAUUAAAAGAGCAAAGAAUUAAAAGAAUGAUAGCUUCGUAUGUUGGUGAAAAUUCUGAAUUUGAAAAACAAUAUUUGAGUGGACAAUUGGAAGUUGAAUUAACACCGCAGGGUACAUUAGCAGAACGUGUACGAGCAGGUGGUUCUGGUAUCCCUGCAUUUUAUACACCUACUGCUUUAGGAACUAUAGUACAAGAAGGAAACGUUAUUAUAAAAUAUGAUAAAGAUGGGAAUGCAGAAAUCUCAGGAGAACCAAGAAGUACUAAUCAAUUUGAUGACAGAAAUUAUGUUUUAGAAACUGCUAUUACUGGAGAUUUCGCUCUUGUAAAAGCAUGGAAAGCUGAUCCUGCUGGAAAUUUAAUUUUUAGAAAAUCAGCAAGAAAUUUUAAUCCUAUUAUGUGUAAAGCUGCAAAGGUAGCAAUAGUAGAAGUGGAAGAAAUUGUAGAAAUUGGUCAAUUAAAUCCUGAUCAUAUUCAUUUACCUGGAAUUUUUGUUGAUAGAAUUGUAAAAGGUCCAAUUUAUGAAAAGCCUAUUGAGAAACGUUCAACUAGCCAAAGUAUUAAACCAAAAAAAGUAACUCCUGCUAGCAAAGCAAGAGAAAGAAUUAUAAGACGUGCUGCAAUAGAAUUUAAAGAUGGAAUGUAUGCUAAUCUGGGUGUUGGUAUUCCAAUGCUUGCUAGUAAUUACAUCCCUAAAGGUGUAAAAGUAACAUUACAAUCAGAAAAUGGAAUUCUUGGUCUUGGACCUUUUCCUGAUGAAGAGGAUGUUGAUGCUGAUCUUAUUAAUGCUGGAAAGGAAACAGUAACAGUAUUACCUGGUGCUUCAUUCUUCAGUAGUGAUGAAAGUUUUGCUAUGAUUCGCGGAGGUCACAUAGACUUAACAAUACUUGGUGGUAUGCAAGUAUCUGAAAAAGGAGAUUUAGCAAAUUGGAUGAUACCAGGAACAAUGGUUAAAGGAAUGGGUGGUGCUAUGGAUCUUGUUUCUUCCCCACAUACAAAAGUUGUUGUAACUAUGGAACACAAAACGCGCGAUGGUAGACCUAAAAUUGUAAAAAAUUGUACCUUACCUUUAACAGGUGAGCAGUGUGUUGAUUUGAUUAUCACAGAUUUAGCUGUUUUUGAAGUUAUUCGAGGAGAAAGUUUAAAACUAAUUGAAGUUGCAGCAAAUGUAGAUAUAAGUGAUAUUGUUAGUUCUACUGGUUGUGAAUUUUCUAUAGCUGAUGAUCUUAAAGAGAUGCAACAGGUAGAAAUAAAUGAACAAUGAAUUGCAAUUAUUUUAUAAAGUAUGUGUUACACGAAUUUCAAGUAUAGAUUAUAAAGCAUAAUCGUGAUUAUGCAUAAUUAAGAGUUUAUAGAAAUAAAGGAGAUAGAUAAGAUUAUAAAA